GCCGCGUUCAGUUGUUUUGGCGUUGCAGGAGAUUGUUGUUAGUCUGUUGUUUCCUGCGGCGCGGUGCGAUGUGCAACUGUUUCCGUUAUUUUUCGUUUGUUUUGCAACGCGCGCCUCCACCAAACGGUGUUGCAGUGUUGUGCUGAACGGGAAUAACUGGGAUAAUAUGGCAUGUAUGAACCUUAUUAAGGACUAUUUUCGAAAAGCAGAGACUUAGUUAUGCCCAACCACGCCAGAAUGAAAAUACUUUUUUUGGAGGGUUUACUAUGGCUGUUCCUCUUACAAUAUGGGCCUAUGGCGCUGUCACUUGAACCAGGAUAUUUGGACUUCGACAAUUUGCCCGACACUAACUUUACGUGCGUAGGAAAAGUAAUUGGAGGAUAUUAUGCGGAUCUCGAGACAAAUUGCCAGAUGUUUCAUGUCUGUACCAUUGGUCAAGCCGAGGAACCCAUGGAUAUUCGAUUUUUAUGUUUAAAUGGUACCGUUUUCGAUCAGGAAACUCGAGUCUGUGAAAGGAUUGACGAAGUAGACUGUUCGAAAUCGGAACAAUUUUAUAGUCUAAACUUAGAGUUAUACGGUAAUUCAGGGCCAAUUUUAGAAGAAACUCCAGAAGUUCCUCACGAGACUGAACCCCCAUCGAUAAUAGUAAAAUCCACAACAUCCACAACGACCACAACGACGACGACGAAGAGACCGACAACGCAGUCGCCAUACUACACCACGAUUAGACCAUCGACCGCUACCACUUCUGUGAAAAAUCUCCAAUCAAUCGGUCAUCAUUUCCCGGUGAACACGCCGGAUAUCCGUUUUAAUCCGGAAGAAAUUAAUAUUAGUUUAAAUCCUGGUGCUCCGCCGGAUAUAAGGACGAAACAUUUCCAGCCCCAUCAAAGUUAUAGUGAUAGUAGUAAACAUUUAUUGUCGGAUCACAGAGAUAAUAGUGAAGAACAAAGUGUUAGAGUGCAAAAACCCGAACGACUUCGUUUAUCUACAUCACCUAAACCGAUUUAUAUUGAUCCUCGUGAUAAGUUGAAUGAAAAUAGUGGUGAAGAAAAUUAUGACUUUUCUGAAGUAGAUUUUCAUAGUGGUACAGAAGUGCCUCGUCAGCAGCAAUUUUUGAUACAAACUAACAGUUUUCGACACAGCCAAAGCUUUCCUCCUAGCCAAAAUACUAACAAUCAUCAAUAUCACCAUCCCCAAUUCCAUUCUACUACAAUUAAGCAUCCAGAGCCCAUCCACACAACUGUGAGGACACUUUAUUUACACUCACUAAAACCUCCUGAGAUUCACCAGCAUCACCAAUUUACUCAACAUAGAACUGAAAAAAGCCCUCAAAGAGUCCAAAUACCUAUUCCAUUGUUACCAACGCUGCCUCCACUAACGUUUAGCUCUCCGGCACCAUUCACGCUACAACGUCAUAUAGAAACUAAAAGGUAUACAAAAGAUCAUUCAAACCCACCCAGGAUCAUAAUUAGCGCUAGCGCUAGUGUUAGUGAUGCUAGUGGCAGAAGACUAAACUAUUCGCUUGGUACUAUUGGAGCUGCCCACAUUCUAGAAACUCCCCCAUCAUCUUAUGAUGAAUACAAAGAUGCGGAUGUAGGCUUGGAUCCAUUUUAUCAUGAUGUUCCUAAAAUAAAGCAAAGAAAAAAACGAAGUAUAGAGCAGAAGAAAGUGGAUCCUUUUGAUAUAAUCAAAAACGAAAAAGAAGCUGUCGAAGUAUUGAAGUUCCUUUUCACGUGGUAUCAAAGUCAUCAAGCUACUGCCACAGUACCACCAGUGACUAGCCCAGUAUCACCGGAACUAAUUAAAAAAAUUAAUGAUGAACUAGCUCCCGAUAGUAAUGAGUACUACAGCAGAGAGCCAACAAGUACUGAGUCAGUGAAGCCUGAUAAUUAUGAGGAAAGUGAGCUUUUCAAAAAGAGUAGUAGAUUUAGUAUAGUUGGAGGAUAUAGGAAUGAUAACCCUGUGGGAAGGAGAGAAAGGAAGAAAAGUAAUUCUGCUUUUAAAGAAGUUUUAGAACAAGAUGGUGGAGAGUUAUCAAAAGAAACUGAUAUAUCUUAUUUUCUUAAACAGAAUGAUGACAAAAUUAAACAUUUUUCAGAAGAUAUAAGAAGUAAAGAAUUUGACGGAGAAGCAGAGUUGAGUCAAAGCUUGAACAAAACGGAAAUAACAGAAAAAAUGGAUAAUGUUGAGAAAACAUUCAUCAAAGAUGCCAAAGAAUCUUACAUUAACCCUUUUGACUAUGUCGAUGAUAACUAUGAAGGGGUAGUGUAUAAGGAAUCUAACAAAAAUAUUGAAAAUGCCAAUUAUAUAAGUAAAGGUUAUGAAAAAGAUGGUUCAAAAACUCAAAAAGAAACUGAACAUUUCGUUGAUCCUAGCGCUGUGUUGGAACUUUAUAAAUAUGUUCAAGUGAAUAGUCAAUUAGCAUCUGCGACACCCACAAUUAAAGAAAAAGAAUUAGAAGCAACUAAACAUAGUCCGGAAAGUAAUAACGAAGAUGUUGAGCAAAAUAAUACAAGUGAAGUUAAUUUAAAUAGAUAUACUGAAAUCAAUAUUUUAUCAGAAGUAAAUGAAGAUAAUGGUUCCUUUAGGAGUAUAUCUUCGUCUACUACCAUAACAACUUCUACAGCAGCACCAAUAAAACAUACUUUACGCAGACGGGGUAGGCAAAGAAUUACGGAUAGUGACCAAGGCGCAAGUUAUGCCGUACAUGUUAAUCAAAAAUCUCAAAACUCUUUAGAUCAAACUAGAUCUAGGGGUAGGCACAGAGGGAGAUCGAGGUUUAGCAAUCCUCUCUCUUCCACUACAUCUAGUACUACAACAACAGAAAAAAUCGUAUUAGAAGAGACUACUACCAGUCCUUCUGAAACGACUUUAGGUGACUUUGAAACAACUACUUUCGUUACGCCUUCCAAUGAAGCAAUAACUACUGAUGAAGAAGCAAAUAAUAAUUUAGAAAAUAGUACUACUUCAGAAAUUACUGAUCAAAAUGGCAAGUUUGUGCAGGAAAAUAAAAAUAUCCCAGACAAAGAAAUUGUCGUUAAGACAAAUCCUAUUAAGAAUUCCACUGAAACUUCAGCUGUAGAUACAAAAACUAUUGAAACCAAGUUGCCAAAAGAUGAUUCAUCUUACCUAGUAAAAUUACUCAAAUAUUAUGCUGAUGCUGAUUUAACGCCAGGUAUAGAAACUACCACGCAAUAUUUAGAAAUAGAAGGUGCUGAAGUUGAUUCAACCACGAUAUUAGAAACUACGACAACCCAGCUUCCAGAAGUUUCCUAUGAACCGCUAACAGAAAAAAUUUCUUCCAGUACACUACCUCCAUCUACUAGACAAAACAAUGAUAGAAGUAAAUAUAGACAUUCCACUAAAGUCAGUAGCUCCACAGCGUUGCCAACAUUAAGAGAUAUUUAUGAAAGUACCAAGCCAGAUAACGAUAAUUCAAUUGGGAUUGAAGAAUCUAAGGAUGCACAUAAGAGAGACGAUUUGUUAAAGAAGCUAUCUUUAUUAGAACAACAUUUGGUAGUUACUAAUCCUCCAAUUGCAGAUACUACUGCAACAACCCCAAUGAUUAGUUUUGAAGAACGUGAAAGCUUCGGUACAACUGUUUCAAGUCUCACUGAAUCAACUAGACUAGUAGAAUAUAGUACUUCUUCAAAAGAAUUUACUGGAAGGUUUGAGUAUAGUAGCACACCAAGAAGUGUAUAUCAUGAUCUUUUCAUAGUGCCAGAACUAACAGAAAAAAAUUUGAAAUUUCAAAUAAACGAGGCAACUUCUUCAUUAGGAGAAACUGCUAUUGAAUUCACAGCAAUUAAGACUACUACACAAGUAGCACAAACUGAUAUUACAACACCAACUCCAAUAUCUACAAUCACCGUAGAAGAAAAUCUAACAGAGACGCCAACAACCCCGUUAUCCGAUGUAGAAAUUCAAAAAUCAAUAUCUUUGCCAAUACAAGUUUUAGAAACUAAUUUCGAUGCUCCUUAUGAUGUAAAUACGGCCCAAGAUAUUAACAGUUUGGUUCCAGCCACGGAAGAAGAAAAAACUACAACUAUUCUCGAUAAUCCCACUACUCUUACUCAUGAAUCCACAACUGAAACAAUUCCCGCAACUAUAGUUACCACGGAAAAAUCUACCACACCAAUUGUAGAACAGCAUUUAGAGAAACUUCAAGACACUACUAUGCCCGAAGUUCAACAUAAUGCUACGGAAAUCAUAUUCUUGAGUACCGGCACCGAAACUCCAGGUAUGGUGAAUUCUAGUCAUUUAUUGCAAGUUGUUAUAGAAACUACUACCAUAAGUGAGCCGGUUACCACUUUUUCAACUACCACAAGUUUACCUUAUACCAGAAGAACCAGGCCUCCUAAGAGACGUCCUUAUAAUAAUCAAAGAAAUCAGUUUGGUAGACAUAGGUUCAGUACCGAGCUAUUCACUCAGAAACCAUUCAAAACGGCCACUGAAGCUCCUUUACAUAGAAGUGCUUCACCAACUCGUUCGGAAAAUAAGAAAAAUCUUCUACCAACUGUGCCUCUUACCUCGAAAAACUCUGCUAAACCAAACCGCCACUACGUAUUCAAUUGCUUCGGUAAAGAAAUCAACAAAUUCUACGCCGAUCCUAGAGAUUGUAGACUGUUCCAUUACUGUACACAAGGCUACAGUAAAAAUCAGUUACUCGAUCUAAAAUAUGUGUGCGACCAAAGGACUUUCUUUGAUGAAGAUAAAUUGAUUUGCACAAGCAUCAAACCAGACAGAUGUUUGUGAAUAGCGAAUUUAUUUUUUUUCCUGGAAACUGCCUCUAAUUGCUUUAGGUACUCUAGAGUUAUUUGCCAUGUUGUUGCUCAAUACAAUACUUAAAGCAAAGAGUGUACAGAAUGUCUUGAUGAAUUUUGCUUUCCAUUCAAAUUUUCAUUAAAUGGUGGAUGAAAUCCAAAGAAGCAUUCUGUACCUAUUAUUAUAUUUUUUUUAAAUUGCUUAUUGGUAAUGUACUCAACGCGGUGUUAUCGUCGUUGAUCCUAAAACGUGUAGGUCCUAGAUAAUCGAUCAAAGAAUAUUUUUGCCAAAUUUAAGCCAAUUCUGAUGUGAGGAUUUUUAACGUUCCGAUUUUACGAAGGUUAUCAUUUGGAGAACAAGAUUCACAGAUCUUCUUUCCGAGACGACGAUAACGCCGCCUCAAACAAAAUAUAUAUCAAUAGGUACUAUUUUUGUAACUUUGCCACAUUUUGAAUAUGUGUAGUUUUAUUCCUAAUUUUUUUAAUACAUUUGACCUACCUAAUUAUGUAUUUUUUACUUUUUUUUACGUGUACCUAUAUGUACGUAAUUUUAGUAGCUAAGAAAUAUAUUAUUUAUGCAAGGAUCGUUUUCUCUUGCUUUUAGCAGUUAGAGUGACUUUUCCUCCCGUGUGUAUUUUGUAUUAUAGACCUCUUUUUGUAUGUUUUAUAUUAUUUUUUUUCACGAAUGAUUUUUUUUAUUUUAGGCUUAAACUAUUAUUGUAAAAUUGUUAAUAAAUACCUACUCAUAGAUUAAUAUAUUUAAUAAAGAUAAUUUUGUUAAAAAAAUCAUGGUGCUUGGACCUUGUUUUUGAUAAACUACUCGAAACCAAACGAAGACGAUUUUUUUUUUAGAAAUGAUAAUUGGAUUUUAGAAAAAAUAUUUUAAUGUAUCCCUUACCCGAUAUUAGAUUCCAGACAUUUCAGUUUACAUGAAAAUUUAAAAGAAAAUUUGAGAAUUUUAACAAGAAAGCUGCUAGAUAGUAGGUAGAGAUUUGUAGAUUUAUUUGAAUGGAGAUGGCGCAGGGGCGUCCUCUACCACCGCAACAUCAGAUUUAUUGUGGUAACUCCUAUCUGUCCUUAGAGUGCGUUCUCUAGACUCGUCCUUUUUAUUAGACUCCAGAGCCAUGAUACUGGCCACCCCAUGUACCUUGCCGGAUUGGGCUUUUCCUCUCCAAGCCUCGCAAACCUAAGCCUGCAAUGCAACGCUUCGCAAUGGCACCAUACAUGUACGGCAGUUUCUUCCGCCUCCUGGCAGAACCUGCACAGGCUAUCCUCUGCCAAGCUCAUUCUUUCCAGGUGCUUGUUGAGUUUACAAUGCCCUGUUAAUUGGCC